CUAGCUGCAUCACGGGUCAUCGGAGGCGCGCUGGCCUGGAUGCAUGAAUGAUAUUGGGCCUCGAUCACUUGCGCUAGCUAGAGGAGCGGCACGUGUAACCCAUACACACAGACACGACGUCGGACAGCAGACAGACAUCAUUCAUACAUAUCUACUAGCUUCUGACAAACUUUUCUGCCAUGGCUUUAGCAAAUCUCAAGAUAGGCUUCAUCGGGGCUGGAUCGAUGGCGCAGGGAAUGAUUGAUGGAUGGAUUCGUGCCAAUGUUGUGAAGCCCAGCCAGAUGAUGGCCAGUGCACCAACUGACAGGAACCUCUCCAAACUGAGGGCAAAGGGCCUCUCCACGACACACGACAAUGCUGAGGUGGUCAGGUCUUGUUCUGUCGUUGUGAUAGCCUGCAAGCCAUAUCAAUGCAAGGACGUUCUACCCGCUUUACCUUUUGGUCCACAGCAUCUCGUUCUCUCGGUCGUAGCCGGCCUGAGGUGCCCCAUGCAUGAAGCCUUCCUGACUCCAGGUACACGGUUUGUGCGCACCAUGCCCAACGUGGCAAUCGCUGUCUGCGAAGGCAACAUAUCAGGGGUCAGAGGCGCCCAUGCCACCGAUGAAGAUAUGGUGGUUGUGGGUAAACUGAUGAAUCCUAUAUCUAACUACGAGGUGAUGUCCGACCCACAGCUUGAUAUCAUGUCUUCAACGGCUGGCACAGGAGUGGCCUGGGCCGCCAUGGUGAUGGAAGCUCUUGCUGAUGGAGCUGUCAAUAUGGGGCUCCCUCGCUCUAUGGCCAUGAAAGCAGCUGCUAUCACACUAGUGGGUACUGGCAAGCUGUACCUGGAGACGGGCAAGCACCCUGGAGAAAUCAAGGACUCUGUGUGCUCACCCGGCGGAUCAACCAUCAGGGGUGUGCACGCAUUAGAGAAGAGCGGCGUGAGGGCAGCCAUGAUGAAUGCAGUCGAGGCAGCCCACACACAUGUCCUCUCCAUGUCUAAGAUGUGAAGGGGUGUCACUCCUAUCGCCACAGCGGGCAUCUCGUCGGCAUGUAAGAGUCAUGAAGAGUGGUAUUGAUUACAUGAGGUGGUUCUCCAUUAAUUUGAUCAGAAAUGGGAAUCUUGAUUUGUUUUGAAGGUACUAUUUUUUAUCAUAUUGAUUUACUUGGCAUGAAAUCUUUUCAUCGUAUAAAGGAAAUACUGUCUCCAAGAAAAGAAGGAAGUGAAACUUUUUUUUAAGGUGAACGGUUCAAGGUGCGUAUCUGCAUCUAUGAUCAUGCCAAUUUUCAGGGGAAUACUUUUUAUGUGCUUUUCCACAAUAGAAAACUAAGGUAUAAUAAGAAAUGACAAAAAAAGGUUUUUACUUCAUUAAAUGGUAAUGAUUUUUUUUUUUUUUCCUAAAAAGAAGUUGAGCAUUAAGUUUAAGCAUUAUUCCAUCAAGGUUCGACUGUAUAGGAUAUAGAUAUAUUUGUUUAAAGAUUACUUGGAGGUCAUUUAUGAAUGUAUAUCGAUUCAAACAGUUUAGAUUUCAUGCUACAUGACUGGCUGAUUAUGUGUCCUUACAAUGAAUGAUACACCCACAUUCA